AGUGCAUGGGCAACAGGGACAAAAAAGACAGAGGAGCUCGUAUUACCGACCGGUCAUCGAUAUGGAAGCAGUUCUGCACGAGAGUACGACCCAAGGAGGUCAAAUGAUGGGAAACGGUUGUGUUACUAUUGGUGGUACGCGCGGUAUCAACAACCCUGACAAUCUAGUGUGCGUUGGUUCGAAAGCGGAAAAUGCCAGUAGGUCGAAGAAGUUGCCUCUUCCUUGCAUCCAGAACAGUAUCGAUAUCUGGUUCGACAAUGUGACUUACACUGCCGUACAAAAAGCUUUGAUGUCGAAGACAACCAAGAAGGAGAUCCUCCACAAGAUCAAUGGCCGCCUGCCCCCAGGCCAACUGAUCGCCAUCAUGGGCCCGUCCGGGGCAGGAAAGAGCACCCUUUUGGACGUCCUCAGCGGGUACCGCAUCAACGGCGUGGGCGGCACCGUAUAUGUCAACGGCCGUCCACGGAACCUGGAGGAAUUUAGAAGGUCCUCCUGCUACAUCACGCAAGAUGACAGACUGCAGCCGCUUUUCACCGUGCAGGAGAGCAUGAAAAUCGCUGCGGAUUUGAAGCUGCCUGUUGAUAUUGGCGAUAAAAAGAAGGAGAAGAUCAUUCAUAACAUUUUGGGAACCUUGGGUCUGCAGAAAACAAAAAAUGUUAGAGCAGCGCAACUAUCAGGAGGACAAAAGAAAAGACUAUCUAUAGCUUUGGAAUUGAUUAGCAACCCGAUGGUGAUGUUUUUGGACGAACCCACAACUGGUCUAGACAGUUCUUCUUGUACAAUGUGCAUUAAGCUACUAAAGCAGCUGGCUUCGGAAGGUAGGACCAUCGUUUGUACCAUCCACCAACCAUCGGCCAUGCUUUUUGCCCUGUUCGACCAAGUGUACGUUUUAGCUGCGGGUAAUUGCGUCUAUCAGGGUGGAACAGAAAAAAUGAUACCGUUCUUCGAGGCCAUCGGGUAUCCCUGUCCCAUGUACCACAAUCCAGCUGACUACGUAAUCGAGAUGGCAUGUGGAGAAUAUGGAGAGGAAAAGGUCGAGAAGAUGAUACAAGCCACCUCCAAUGGAAGGUCAUACAGAUAUUUUAAUGACCCCGAUAGUUUACCGAACAAUCAAGCGCUACAAGAUAUUUCGGCCAAGAACAGUAUUGAAAUUAGUGAAAAUCAAUUGGCAACAUCGCAGUUCAACCAAUUGAGAGUACUUCUUAGGCGAGGAUUCGUAAAAGCUGGAAGAGAUCAGACUUUGACAUAUUUGCGUAUAGGUGUAAAUAUAGUGGUCAGCCUAAUGUUAGGAACUUUGUAUUGGAAAGCAGGUAAUGAUGGGACGAAAGUCUUGGACAACUACAAUCUGCUGUUUUCCAUACUGAUGCACCACACUUUCGCUACGAUGAUGUUGACAAUUCUCACAAUUCCACAAGAAAUAUCGAUACUGACCAAAGAACACUUCAAUAGAUGGUAUUCCCUCAAGAUGUACUAUACGUCUCUAACCUUGGUUGAUAUACCAUUAUCGGUAGUAUGCUGUUUCUCGUUCACAGCAAUUAUUUACUACAUGACUGCCCAACCACCAGAAAUGGUUAGAUUCUUGAUGUUUUUCAUAAGCUCUCAACUGGUAGUACUCGUUGUUCAAGGAUUUGGCAUGAUGAUUGGUGCUUAUUUCAAUGUAACGAACGGCACUUUCUUGGGCCCAACCCUCUGCGUCCCCAUGAUGAUGUUCGCAGGAUUCGGUGUGCGACUUUGCGACCUACCCCCGUACCUCUACUGGGGCAGCUACGUCUCCUACCUGCGGUACGCGCUAGAGGGCACCGUAGGCGCAGUCUACGGCCUUGAAAGAGGCAUCAUUGAGUGCCCCGAGGACGCCUACUGCCAUUACAAGUACCCGAAAACGUUCCUGGAAGCUGUGGGGGUACGGUCAGACCAGUUCGAGAAUGACAUUAUCGCACUAGUGCUGUUUCUAUUCGUAUUGAGGAUAAGUGCGUACGUUGUGCUCAGGCUGAAGCUCAUGUCGAUACGGUGAAAUUGACAUAUAUUGGACAAACAUGCCAAAUCGGUGACGCUAGAUUCAAAGAACACAUACUUGCAAAUAGUCUAGUUUCUAGAACGUCUUCCUUUUGUUUUCGUAAGUGGGAUUAACUGACCCCAACUCUGCCACCGCAAGUAUCAAAAAACGUUCAGGCUGGAGCUCAUGUCGAUGCGAUGUAAUUGACAUAUGUUUUCCAAACACGCCAAAACGAGGACCCUAGAUGCAAAGAACACAUACAUGAAAAUGAUCAUAGUCUCCAUAGCUUCUUCCUUUAUAUUUUUGAAGAUGAGAUCAACUGACUUUGUGACCUACCUCCGUACCUCCACUGGGGCAGCUACGUCUCCUACCUGCGGUACGCGCUAGAGGGCACCGUAGGCGCAGUCUACGGCCUUGAAAGAGGCAUCAUUGAGUGCCCCGAGGACGCCUACUGCCAUUACAAGUACCCGAAAACGUUCCUGGAAGCUGUGGGGGUACGGUCAGACCAGUUCGAGAAUGACAUUAUCGCACUAGUGCUGUUUCUAUUCGUAUUGAGGAUAAGUGCGUACGUUGUGCUCAGGCUGAAGCUCAUGUCGAUACGGUGAAAUUGACAUAUAUUGGACAAACAUGACAAAUCGGGGACACUAGAUUCAAAGAACACAUACUUGCAAAUAGUCUAGUUUCUAGAACGUCUUCCUUUUGUUUUCGUAAGUGGGAUUAAUGUAAUGUAAUGUACAUAUGUUUUCCAAACACGCCAAAACGAGGACCCUGGAUUCAAAGAACACAUACAUGAAAAUGAUCAUAGUUUCCAUAGCUUGUUCCUUCAUAUUUUUUGAGAUGAGAUCAACUGACUUUGUGACCUAUCUCCGUACCUCUACUGGGGCAGCUACGUCUCCUACCUGCGGUACGCGCUAGAGGGCACCGUAGGCGCAGUCUCUACGGCCUUGAAAGAGGCAUCAUUGAGUGCCCCGAGGACGCCUACUGCCACUACAAGUACCCGAAAACGUUCCUGGAAGCUGUGGGAGUACGGUCAGACCAGUUCGAGAAUGACAUUAUCGCACUAGUGCUGUUUUUAUUCGUAUUGAGGAUAAGUGAGUACGUUGUACUCAGGCUAAAGCUCAUGUCGAUACGAUGAAAUUGACAUGCAUUGGACAAACACGACCGCCAAACCGGGGACACUAGAUUCAAAGAGCACAUACUUGCCGAUAGUUUAUAGUUUCUAGAACGUCUUCCAUUUUUUUUCGUGAGAUAAGCUGACCCCAACUUUGCCACCGUACCUAUCAAGAAACGGUACUGAAAGCAGUGCAGAACGCAGUCGAUUCAGUUCGAGAAUGCAUUAUUCGUGCUUGUGCUGUUACAUCGGUGCGAAUGUUUCGCUCAGGCUAGGAGCUCAUGUCAAUGCGAUAUAAUUGACAUAUAUUGGCGAAACACGCUAAAACGAAGACCGUAGAUUCGAAGAACACAUACAUGAAAAUAAUAUAGUUUCCAUAGCUUUUAUUUCGUAAGAUGAGAUCAACUCACUGUGUGACCUGCCCCCGUACUCACACUGGAGCAGCUAUUUGUCCUACCUGCGGUACGCGCUAGAGGGCACCGUAGGCGUAGUCUACGGCCCUGAAAGAGGCAUCAUUGAGUGCCCCAAGGACGCCUACUGCCACUACCCGAAAACGUUCCUCGGAGCUGUGAAAGUACGGUCAAACCAGUUCGAGAAUGGCAUUAUCGCGCACUAGUGCUGUUUUUAUUUAUAUUGAGGAUAAGUGCGUACGUUGUGCUCAGGAAAUAGACAUAUAUUGGACAAACAUGCCAAAUCGGGAACACUAGAUUCAAAGAACACAUACUUGCAGUCUAGUUUUUAGAACGUCUUUCUUUAUUUUCCGUGAGUGAGAUCAACUGACUCAUACUUUGCCACCAGAAGUAUCAAAGAAACGUUUCUGGAAGCAGUGAAGAACACAGUCGAUUCAGUUCGGCAAUUCUUUGAUCGUGCUUCUGCUGUUCGUGUUCCUUCAGGAAUGAGUUCGUACGUUUUGCCCAGGCUGGAGUGAAUAUUGAGAUGAAAUUGACAUACAUUGGACAAACACGCCAAAAUAGAGCCACUAGAUUUAAAGAACACAUGCAAAUUAUCUAGAAUUUGUUCUCCGGUUUGCCGUGAAUCAGAUCAACUGACGUAUAUUCUGACACUGCAAGCCCGAAAACGUUCCUGGAAGCGGUUGCGGUGCGGUCAGAUCGAUUCCAGAAAUUAUCGCGCUAGUGCUGUUCCUGUUUGUUCUGCGAAUUACUGCGUGAGUUGUGUUCAGGCUGAAGCUCAUAUCGAUACGGUGAAAUCGAAUUUGGUCAAUACAUAAAUUGGACGCACACGCCAAAAUAGGGACACUAGUGUUAUUCCUAACAUAGGAUUUCUUUUGCUACUACUUCUUGCUAAAGGUGGACACUGAAUAAUUCUAAAAUUUCGGGAAUCAAUGCCAGGCAUCCAUUAAUUAUCUAUACUAUCGUGGAGCCAAUCCAAUUAAUUCAGAGCAGUUAUGUAACUUUUCCUCAAGAAACUAAAAAAGACUGCUGAAGUGACUUCAAUUUUUGAAACAACAUAACUUUUUUUUCAUUAUUAUUGCUGGAAUCCUGGAUGAACAGGAACAGAUAUCUAGUUUAUUUAUAUGCAUGUAAGUACCUAACCAACUGUAAUUGAAAAGCUGUGAAAUUUUUUUAUCCUUCAUCAAAAAUGUUAAUGUAGGCAUAGAUAUUUUUAGGAAAGUAUUUAUUUACAUAUAUAACAUUUUGUGACAUGUGACCUGGUGCUCAAUAUUUAACGAAAAGUUACUUCCAUAUUGCUAAAUUUAACCCUAUAUAUGGUACCUAUACUGUAUAAAAUAUAGUAUCAGUGUACCUACGAAGCUAUAUGAAAUAAAUUGUGAAAUUUAUGUAUACGAGAAUGAUACGGAAUAUAUUCAAUUAUGGUUUAAAUAAUCAUUAUAAUUAUAAGAGUCAUCAGAGAAUACUUAUUCUGAAGAUCGGGAAAAAUUCCAAAAGUUUGAAGUACAAUGUAGGUACUUAAAUGAAGAAAAAAAUAUUAUUUUCUUGAAUAUAUAUUGGGUUUAUCAGUAGAAGUAUUUCGAUUUAAGGAUAAGAAUGAAUUAUAAUGCAAUUUUUGAGUUUUGUAUCUUCAACAAUAAUGUUUAGUGUAAAUAUUAAUCAUAAUGACCAAUGCAAAUAUGUGAUUGUAAGUAGAAUAUAGGUAAUUUAACUGAUUCAGUUUGUUUUAUUAUUGCUGCCAUUGCUGGAAGUGAAAGAUAUUUUAUUUACAAAUGCCGAACAAAUUUCUCUUAUUCUAUGUGAUUGCCUUUUGAGCAAUAUUUUCGAGUAUAAAAUCAUAUUUCUAUAACCUCUCUCACGGGUUAUGCCACAGACGACUGUGGUUAUGCAUGAUUUAGUUAUGGUGAACAUCAAGACCCCUAUUUAUUGAAAACGUUAAUUUUAUACAUAUGAAUAUGAUGAAGUCUAGAGAUCAGUUUGGUUUGACGUACCAAUUUGGUGGUGUUCAUGAAACUAAUUGUAUCUUGGCAUAAUGAUUGAUUAUAAUCUGAAGUGAGAUAAUCAUAUAGAUUAGGUUUUGAAAAAAAUUGGAUGUCUCAUUCCUAAAUUCAACCGCCUGAAAUGUAUAUUGAGCAUUCCUAGUUUCCAGUAUCUUUAGUUCAAUCUCAAUUAGUUCAUGGGAUUUUAGGAUGGGGAGGAGUAAAGCUAAUGAAUUUGAAAAAAUUGGAAGUUAUUCAAUAAUGGAUUAUGAAAAUUAUUUAUGGAAUAGACUAUUUAUUUCCAACCGACUUUUUAUACAAAGAAUCCCAAAAGAUGGAUAUAAAUCAGCUAUAUAUUUAUUGUUUAUCAACUUACGUGUUCAAAAACAGAAAUGAUAUUUGUGAAAACUUCACAAGCGAUAAGAUUUCCACAAAAUUUUGUGGAAAU